AUGGAAAUAUUUUUCUCUAUUUUAGAUGAUACGAAUUCAAUACUAGACGCAUACGCAGAUUCAUACUGUCAAGUUGUGAAUUCCAAAUUUCUUAUGAUUGAACUUGAAACGUACGUGAAUCCCCAGAAUGCGGAAGAAACAACUAAACUGGAAAUCCUGAGACUCGAACACUUAUAUCAAAGUAAAUGGGCGAAGGAAUUUCUCGAAUCAAUAGGUGCCAAAGAUAAGAAGCUCAUGAAUCUUUAUAACGAUGAAUACAGGAAGGCAUUGGAAGACGAUACUGCUUUCCAGCACAACAUUUUUGCUCAUAGAUCGUUAUACAAUCGUAUGAAAAGGUAUAUUUCGAAUAAAUGGGAAAAUCGAAAAAAGCUCGAUAUCGCAGAAGGAAAAUUUUUCACGGAGACGUCAGACAAUUUGAGAAAAUACAGAGCUGAGAUUGGAAUAAAAAAGAAGGAUUUCAGAGAAGCAAAGAAAGCAGUGAAUACAUCCAAAGCUAAACUUAAAGCGCUGGAAUCCGCAGCGGUCAUCGCAUCUAAUGCAUACCGAAAAACGUCAAACACACUGAAUGAGGCUGAAAUCACAGAAGCCUAUGAGAAGGCUCGUUCUGAGUUUUCCGACGGCACAGAGGAACUAGGCGACAAAAUAAAACUACUGGAAAUGAAGAGGUUUCAAUUUUUGAAGUGCUUAAAGUCGCACAAAAAUGAUUUUGGAAAUAAAAGUCAUGCAAAUGAUAAACGUAUGGUCUAAAUGAGACUGAUGCCAUCAAGUCUUCUCCGUUUGGUGAAGAGGGUAAGUAAAACAAUCAAUCGUUGAGUAUAUCUCAUGAAAUUCACACUUGAAACUCUCACAUUGACCACGAAAAUAAUAUAAAUUUUGUGUAACUCUCUGGCAGGAUCAAGGUUCAGUUAUUUUCAGCUAACAAACUUAAAAAAAUAUAAUAACGAAACAAGAGUAUGUAAAUGCUCAUUGAUUAGUUGAUUCAUUUGAAUAAGAAGAUUGAAACGGUGAGUUGGGAGAGACAUUUUUAUUGUCAGUUUCAGUUUUUAGUGAGUGAAAUUUGUGUCUUCAGAAUCUUGAUUUAUAAUGCUCAUAAUAUAGUUGUUUACAUCUGAGUGAUCUCUGCACUUUCUCUGCUUUUUCAAGUCCACGGAUGCCGAUGAUAAAUGUGAUAUAUUCUGAACCAAAACAUGAUUGAUGCAUGUUUUAUUGAACAUCCUGUAUGCAACAACAGCUUCCUAUGGAAUGAAAAUGACUGAGC